UACAUAGGAAAAGACGUGAAUUAUUGUGCUGCGAACUGUGCAUAUUGUGCAAACGUGAAUAUGAUCAGUGUGAUCUUACAAGUUGGAGCUGUGCCGUUCGGUCAAGCUAUUGAUAUGGGCAGAGGGGACGUGAAGUUUUGUAGGAUUGGCGCUCACACUCCUUCGACGGUGGAAUGGCAGAAUCUCAGGUUUGGCGCGUCCCUGUCCGAGAUGAUGCUGAGCGACGCCCCUCCGCCGUCGCCCCUUCGGAGGGCGCACUCCCACCACUUCCUCUUUCCGUGCGAACCUGAAAAGGGCGUCGCUCCCGGCGCCACAACGUCUCAUGCCCAGCCCACCGCCGUUCCCACGCCCAUCCAGCUGUCCAGCAAGGCGCCGCCCAGCUCAAGCAGUUGUGGCAGUGAAGGAUCGUCCGGCUGGCCGACGACGGAAGCCCGAGCAAGGCUGGAAACGGCCGAGACCCACGGCGAGAUGGCUCGGGAUUGUCAUGACCGUCUUCACGGACCUGAGCAAUCCGUCAGCAGCGUCAGGACCAAGGAGGGCCAAGGGGCCAAGGCAUGGAGAAGCAUGGGCAGCGACCUGAGGAAAAUUGCUGACCAGUUUCAUGUGGAUCAUGCGAAGAACACCAAUCACAAGGGCCGCUACUGUAUCAUCCUGCCAGCAUCCAUCGCCCACGGCUUCGCAGCGUCCCUAAUCUGCCUUAUCUCGUGGAGAUUAUUGUCGAAGCUGUGUUGAAAGGUCAUCUUCGUCAAGGUCGUCUUUAGGACUCAAGCAAGUACUGCCACGGCAUCGUUGCAGGAGCCUUGCACCCGACAGAAGGGGCAUUUCAGAAGGGAAGGCAAAUGCAUUUCUUGGCCUUCCGUGACGCCAUGGCCGUCGGGACUGCAGUGGCUGUCCUCCAAGUGAAAGUAAUACGUUGCCCUCUCGGUGCCUGUCGUCGUUUUGGGCACCGAGGCCAAGAGCCUGACGACCUCCAGGGGCCCGACAGUGCAGUUAGAAUAAGAUCCGCUUUAGCAAUCGUUCAAAAAUAAAUUUCAUUUUCGUUAUAUUUCGUUUUACAAUUUAAAAGGACGUUCGUCUUAGCCCGUGACAAAGAGCGCCAGCCUCACAAACCCAUGUCUUUCAAAAUUAUAAGUGCAGUAAGUGAAAUCAGCCGCGGGCCA